UUCUCUCUCAAUUCAUAUUUUCCACCAUCCUCACUUACUUAGCCAACAAGAAAACAAAAUAUCAAAUUAAUUUGCUCUCUUUUACUUGCAUCCUACAUCAUGGCUAUGGCAUUUAAGAUGGCGACUACAGGCAUGUGGGUGACUGAUGAAUGCAAAAACUCGUACAUGGAAAUGAAAUGGAAAAAGGUUCAUAGGUAUAUAGUUUAUAAAAUUGAUGAGAAAUCAAGAUUGGUCACAGUUGAUAAAGUUGGUGGACCUGGUGAAAAUUAUGAAGAUUUUGCUGCUGCUCUACCUAAAGAUGAUUGUCGAUAUGCUGUUUUUGAUUUUGAUUUUGUUACUGUUGAUAAUUGUCGAAAGAGCAAGAUCUUCUUCAUUGCCUGGUCACCAACAGAAUCAAGAAUCAGAGCAAAAAUAUUGUAUGCAACUUCAAAAGCUGGACUGAGAAGAGUGCUAGAUGGAAUUAGCUAUGAACUUCAAGCAACUGAUCCAACUGAGAUGGGAAUUGAUUUGAUCAAGGACAGAGCCAAAUGAGAUGUCCCAUUUUUUUAUUAGCAACCAAAUUAAUGCACUGUUAUUUUGGCCAUCUUUUUCAAACUUUGUUUUGUUUUUUUAAUAUAAUAAUGACUCCACUUAGAGGGCAAAGAUGCUUUCUUUCUUUCUUUCUUAGUGGUACUAUUGUGACCUUUUUUGUAAGAUCUAAAAGCAAGGUUGAUCUAAACCUUCUAAUUUGUGAUAACUAUCAUGUCCUUUUCUACUAAUUUAACUACAAGUGUUUCUACUA